GAGUUGGGGACAUGCCAUUGGUAUUUCUUGGCCAUGCUUCAAUAUGGGUGGUUAAAAUCCAUCUGCCACAACAUAUUUGACAUCACCAGAACUGGCUGUAAUUAUACUCUUCACAUGACAGCAAUCAUUUUAUUAAUUUUUUGAAAUCCUAAAAUCAAACAGAGUGGUCGGCUGGAUAUUUCAUUAUAGGCAGUCAAGCAGAGAUAGUGGUUCGGGUGAUUGAGAUUAUUGAAAUGGAUGAUUAAAGGCAUAUCAUUACUGUUUACAGGUUCUCUUUGUUGAGCUUCCACAUGAACAGCAGGUCAUCACUUUAUUUUUGCAGCCAUCGGGAACAAAUGUGGUGAUGUACACAUUAGUGAUGUACAAAACACAUUGACACUGAGCUAUCAUUAAAACUUUUGCAGGGAAGUUAUGUUUGUGUUAAACAAAAAUCCUUUUCAGCACAUUAGGUUUUACUCAGCUGUGAAAGUGCAUAGAAAUAUCAAGCUAUAAAUUGGACAAACCAGCCAAGGAAUGAGAGCACAGCUGGAGCGUUUGGUUUUUACUCCAUAGGUUUUGCAUUUCUGGCAGGUUGGGAGUUAUGGUUUCCAUAUUAAAUGUAUUUUCAUUAGUUGGGGCAUUACUCUGCAGUGACAUUCAAGCUCAAAGACAUAUUGAAGUUCACACGAUUCAUCUCUACCAAGACCAAUGCACAAUGACUUGUCGUUCUGGCUGGACAGGUUAUAAUUUUACUUGUAUGCAGUUCAUCAAUGAAGAAAUUAACUGGAUCGAAGCUGAGGUGUACUGUCAACGCCUUGUCCAUGGUGGUCACCUUGCUUCAAUACAUAGCAAGGAAAAUAAUGAUUUUGUCUUGCGAUUAGUUCAAAAGGAGAGUAGCCCAUAUCAGAAAGUUUGGAUUGGUAGCUCUGAUAACCACCAGGAUGGUAACAUGAUUUGGACUGAUGGAUCCAGAUGGGAUUAUCAAAACUGGCUUGCAGGAAAACCUUUGGUUGGCUUAUAUUGCAACACCAUGGCACUCAUUCAUGAUUCUGGCUUUUGGAGCGAUGAGGACUGUAACAUCAACAAAUAUCCAUUCAUCUGCAUGGUGCAUGUAGAGCAUGGUUAGACGCAGCAGCAGUCAGUGUGGUGAAACUUGUGGAUCCUGAUGUUUCCAAAAAGCAGCUAUAACUUCCUGCUUAGAAUCCACCCUCCUUUUUAACCUAUUAUUUUCUUAUAGUUCUUUGUUUAAAAUACCAAGAGGCUCGUUACAUCAAGUUUGUUGCAUCCAAAAAGAAUAGUGCUCACAUGAAAGAGCUCAGGCUAUAGCCCGGCUGGAAAUAUUGGUCUGUGGCAUUUGCUCAAUAAAAAGAGAAGACUGUGUCAUUACAGAUUUGAAACUCCAUUACCAUGGCUUAUUGAGCCCAUUAAUAAUCCAAGUUGAAUAAUGCUUGAAUUCAGGUCUAGCGUCUGCUUGUUCUCACAUUAAAGAAAAAUGAGGAAGUAAAAUGGUACCGUGUCUGUUUAGGUCAAUAUCAGUAAAGCUUAUUCAGUUUUACAUUUGUACCCUACACCUUAUUUUUGCACUAGAAAUUUAAAUGAUUGAUUGGGUUAUUGUUCUAACUGAUAUUAAAAAAAAAAUUAAAUAGAAAACAGGGAACAAAAUACAACACUAUGGCAGUUAAUGCUGUGCAGUCAACUUUAGCAACUAUAUGUUUUAAAUGUCUAUUUCAUUUGAUUAUUUUCUCUAAGUAUUGCUUCCUCAUGAUGAACGUUUUGAACUCAAUUUCAUAGAUAUUAUUGUGAAUGAGGCCCAAGGCAUUAUGUUUGCUUAGGCGGACAAGCACACGCGGAUUUUCCUCUUGAUAUCUCACUUGUUGGGGAACUUGUAGGGGGAAUCAGUCAGGCCAUAGUUCACAGUGAUGUGAAUGUGACAUGGUGACUAUUAAGAGAUUUUAGAUCUUUAGAGAAGUUCCAAGAGUUAAUGGGAGAUUGACUGGGUAGAGGCUUUGGCCAGCAUUGGUGGAACAAUAGAGUGGGAAUACAGGGAGAGUUGUGAUGUGUGUACGAAGGAACUGCAGAUGCUGGUUUAAACCAACGAUAGACACAAAAAGCUGGAGUGACUCAGCGGGACAGGCAGCAUCUCCGGAGAGAAGGAAUGGGUGACGUUUCGGGUCGAGUCCCUUCUUGGAAUAUGUUUGGAUAGUGGGAAGACAAUUGGGAAGUUGGGUAAGGCAACUGGAUUGGAUACAAUUCCUUUAAAAGCCAUGUUCCACUUUUAUUUUUGCUAUAUUUCUUACAUUUCCAUGUAUGGGAAGAACUGAAGGUUUACUUUGCUUUGAGGCCUUCAACUCCACAGUAAGAUGUUCCCAAGGAAUUGCAGCCUGAGGUGGCCAUGUCAUUUGUUGCAUGGAACAUAGCACAGCACAGGAACAGUCCCUUUGGUCCACAAUGUCUGUGCCAAACAUAAUUCCAAGACCAACUCUCAACUCCCUGCAUAUAAUCUAUAUCACUCCAUUCCCUAUAAUUGUGCAUCCCAAGCUGAUGGAGGCUGCAUCCCAGACUUAAUACUAGAAUCCUUGGAUUGGUGUUCUCCAGCCCUAGAUUCAACCAACUUUAUUUCUGUAGAAACAAGAAAUUGCAGAUGCCAGUAUACAAAAAAUAACAUAAUGUGCUGGAGUAGCUCAGCAGGUCAGCCAACAUCCAUGGAGAAAAUGAAUAGGUGGCGUUUCAGAUCGGGACACUUAUUUAGACUGUAGAUACGUCUAAGCAUCUUUGAAAUCUACUGGCUGUUGCUUGGGCACUUCUAAACUACCCAGAUUACUGCUGAAAAUACUCUGGCUGCAGAUUUUCAGUGGCUUCAACAACCCACUUUUUUCCGUCUUCAAUAGAAAUGAUUUGUUAAAACCAAGAAUCAAUUCUAUCAGUAGUGAAAAGAUAUACUGCUGGAAGAACUCAGCAGGAUGUUCCUGUCAAUCAACAUUCUAGAGCGGGUGGUGAUAUUAAGGGAAUUGAGAGGUUACUGGUAAUAUCCUUGAUUUAUUGCUGUCCACAUGAGGAAAAUCAAACCUUUUUAAUCUGGAUUUGUACGAUAAUUGAACUCAUGAAUUGAGUGCCCAUUACCACAUGUAUUAAGUGGUGCUAAUUAGCGUGCAGAAAUUGUUGUUUUCAGUGCUAGUUGCUAUAUAAGCGAUCCCGUAUUAUGGGGGAUUGGAUUCAGUCUGUAUUGUGAUUUUCCAUAAUACGAACAUCAUCUGCGCAUGUGUCAAGAAACACAAGUUGACAAAAAUACACUUUGUGUUGAUUUAUUUACUUUCAUCACACAAAUCCUGUGAGGGCAAAUAUUAUUCCAUAUCUUAAGUUUUGGGUAGUGAUUUGUGAAUUAUACAAGGGCGAAUUUCAGUAGCUCAAACUGCGUAAAGCAGGGGCACCCUGUGUUGGUAUUCAAAACAAACUCUGUUGCUUCAUCUUUUUACCUCCAGCAGAUGUCACUGUAAUAUCAAGUUACUGUGUAACAUGACCCAGUGCUCAAGCCAAACUUUUUCCCAAAAUCACCAGUUAGGACCAAAACCUUGUUGUAGUUUGACAGUUAAUUAGCACCACAUUGAUAAGAAGGAAUUGCAGAUGAUGAUAAUAUAAAUAUAACUGGAGUGUGGCAUAAGGGGCUCAAUGGAGAAGAUAGCCUCCAUUUUACUGACUUCUGCGGCCUUAAUAAACUAUGAGGAGGGGAAGAGUUGUAGUUAAUAAUUUGACCAAAAAAAGUUCUAGAAUAGACAUUUCACUGUAAAUAAUCAAGCCUUCCUCACUUUGCAUUGGACUUCCCAGGGAAUUGUGAUAUUCAUAGCUUAUCAUGAGGAGGAAACUAAACCUGUAAUGUAAAUAUUCAAGUGUUACUAAAUUUAUGUUUGAAUAACAGUCCAUUAACAUUGCCUUGUUUCAUUUUAUCUUGGGUUCCGGUUUACUUAAAUGCUUUUUUCAUCUCUCUGAUUUUCUGCAACAAUUAAAAAUUCAAACUUUUAACCGUUUUGGUAUUCUAGGGUAGCAUUUGGUCAGUGUUUUUUUCCAUUGAAAACAAUCACUCAUUUGAAGAUGCUUUGAUAAGACUACCUAAUAGAUGAUAACAUUUAAAAUGUUUUGCUUUUGCAAUGAGAGACUUUCACUUGCUGUUUAAAGAUUGCUUUCUGAAAGUAAUGUUGAAACUUUAAAAAAAAAAACAAGUAGUGUACUGAGGUUGGUUCUUAAAGGAUUUAUGCCAAGAGGAAAAAUCAAACUGGUCCCUCAUUCCUGUAGUAUAAACUUCAGAUCAGUUUGUCCUCUUUCAGUUCACAGUAAACGUAUGUUAUCUAAAGAUUCAUGAGGUUUCUAGCUGAACAAUUUAAUGUAGAAGUGGUUUGUGGUUUUAAGAGAGGUUUCUUGUUUUCCUUUGUUAUUCUUUUGAACACCUAUUUCCUUUGGCCCAAUGUGGUUGCAAUUUAAAUAAGAACAUAACCUAGAGAUCUCUGUGUGCCAACUCUCAGAAUUAAAAUAUCUCCAAAAUGUUGCAAUCCUCCCAAAACAACCGCAAGGCAAUGUUAUUGGACUCCACUAUAUUAAUCCACACCUUCAGAAAAAGCAAUUAUUACUGAAAAGCUCUGUUUGAAUUCAUGAUGGUUUUAACUGCCUUCAAAAUAUGGAUGGACAAUAAAUGCUGAUAUUUUCCAGCGACUUCCAGUAUCCAUGAAUUUUUAAAGACCGUCAACAUUUAAAGAGAUCUCAUUUGCAGGUCCUUAAAGUCUUAGCAGCUGCAUACGGCAAAUUCUUACAUAGACACAAUUGCUGGAGUAACUCAGCGGGACCGGCAGCAUCUCUGGAGGGAAGGAAUGGGUGACGUUUCAGGUUGAGACCCUUCUUCAGUCAAAUUCUUAAUCUGAAGAUUCAAACUGGUGAAUAUUAUCUGAGCUGCUGCCAAUACAAAGCAGUAAGAAUAAAACUGUACAUUGUGUUCUAGGUGUAGUGUUACUCUAUAUCAUUCCAGCAAGAUUGGUUGUUAAACUUCGAAAGGAAAACCAACAUUCAAGUUGCCUUCACGCCAUACCUACAUGCUAACUUUCUUUUCUUCAUGGAGAAUACACAGAUCCCUCUUUGAAGUACCAGUCUGUAGUGUAACUAUGCCUUUGUGCUCUAUCAAAGUGGAUAACUUUCCAUUUACCUAUAUAUUCCAUCAGCCACUUUGUUUCCAGUUUGUUUAACUAUCCACAUCCAUAUCCCUUUGCAGGCUUUGCAUCUCCAUCACUAUUUGCAUUCCCUCUUCUUUUUAAUCAGCUGCAAAUUUGGCUGCAGAUCACCAAUCAAGAAGCAGGGCAAUAUCUGUCACUUUUAGGAGACAUCAAUGUGCUUGACUUUACAAGGGAGGUUCAGUUUUCCACGUGAGUAAAGUACAGAGUAAGCCAUGAGUGUGGAGAGAG